UGGAGACAGUACCACUGCCUCUUCUACCUGCAAAGUCUGAGGAGGGGGCGACGAAGGAGGAGGGAAGAAAGGAAAGAUGAACUGGAAUUGUCCAUUCUGCAACUUUGGUUCAAAUUCAUUCUGCAACUUCGGUUCAAAUAAUCCAAUAUGCAGCGACUGCAGAGAGAAUGCAAGAAGAAUGAUUGUCUUAACCAAUAAACUUCAGAAUGAGAAAAGAUUGGACAACCAAAUUAGAACUAGUUCCUCUUCCUCCACGGGACUUGGAAAUGCGUUGAAAUUUAUGGAGCAAAUGAAGGAGAUGGAGGACGAACUUAAUGAAAAACUGAAUUUUCUAAGUGGAUUUGCUGCUGCAUUUAAAGAACAAAUUCAUGCAGAUAUUCUCGUCAAACCUGGAACUGAUGAACCCUCGUUACCUGCACAUAGAGCACUCCUGGCAGCUAGGUCGAUUAUAUUGAAACACAUGUUAGAUUCAGACCAAUGCAAGGCUCCUCCAAAUGACACCAUCACCUUUCAGGAAUUGAAUUAUGCGGAGCUGGAGUCUCUAUUGGAGUUUCUUUAUAGCGGAGACUUGCCUAAAGAUAAGAUGGAUAAACAUGUUUUUACAUUGUCAAUUGCUGCAGAUAAAUAUCAGAUUCCAUUUCUUCAGAAAUUUUGUCAGAAACAAAUGCUCGGAUCCUUAAGCUCAUCAAAUGUUCUUGAUGUCCUGGAAAUAGCUGAUACUUGUUCCAGCUCAACUUUGAAGGAGAAUGCCCUAAACUUCAUUGUAAAGAACGUGAAGGAUGUAGUUUUCUCUGAUAGAUUUGAUGCAUUUGCAGUUAAGAAUCCUCAUCUAACUGUGCAGAUAACCAGGGCAUCCUUGAUGGAGAAAAUUGACACGAACCAAAAACAAGGUCCAUUUACCUUCUUCAAGCCCUUGUGACAUCUCUUCAUCUGAAAAAAAUUCUCGAUGUGAAAACACAGAGCCAGGAGGCUGAUCUUUGUAAAGGAAAAAGAGUGGAUCGGCAGGGUCCCAAAUGAAUUGACUUAUUCAAAAAGGGCCUGGUUCUUUGGAAGAUCUAUUUCGUGUCUGGUACUGAAUGGUUCCAUUCUGCAAAAACUCUGAAUCAUUCUCUGGAAGCUCAUCCUCUUCAUCACAAGUGAUCCACUUGCCCCAAAAUGGCCUGGACUUUCAAGUGUGUCUGACUUUCUGUGUCAACUAAUAGAUUUUGAAUAGGAUCAGCAAUUUGCUGCUCUUGAAUGUUGUGAUUUUUUUUUCUUCUUUUUCUUUUUUUCGAUGGGAUGAACUGCUUGUGGACUGUAUGUAGUACUAUCUUCCAUAGUUAACUAGUUAGAUGCCAAGUUAUCUUUAAAUUUUGUCCCUGGAAUGUAUCGAGUAGUAUACCUGU